AUGCGCCCAAUCUCUCCAAGCUUCUUCCAGUCUAUUCUGCCAGCCGAAACUUACGAGUUCCUCGAACGCUCUUAUCCUGAGUGGGAUUGCCCUGUUCCCCUUCGUUUCUACUGUCCAAAUGCUAAUUGCCGUAGAUUCGCAGCCCUGCCCGAAUCUAUCACGGAUUCGACAACCACUACCGCAGAGAACACCCAGUGCCGUUACUGCAACUCGAUCGCCUGCCUGUGCUGCAGAGAUCUCGCUCACCCUGGUCCUUGUGCACAAGAUACAACGCUCGCAGAGAACAUACGUGGAGCUGAAGCAUCUGGUGCCAGACGCUGCCCAAAGUGUAACCUCCUGCUCUUCAAGGACAAUGCCUGUGCUCACAUGGGCCUCAACGGCGGUCAUUACGGCUGCCAUCACGAGUUCUGCUUCUUCUGCGGCGCAGACUGGGAAGCCUGCAGCGGUCUUUGUCCUGAUGCUAUGGAAGAUGCACAGAGAAGACACGGUGCUGGCAUUCUGGAUGAUAUAGACGACGAUUCAGAAGGCUCAGAGAGCGGAGACUUUGAUCUUGACGACGACGAACCUGCUAACGACGACGAACCUGCUAACGACGACGAACCUGCUAACGCUGACUCCCGACACAUCCUUGUAAUGAUCCAUGCUCAGCAGAUCCAACUGAAACAAAUCAUUUUCAGACUUGACCAAAGGCUUCCUUAA